AUGAUUUUAAUAAUCAAUUUAUUCCUGUACGUGCGGCAGCGUGAAACUCGCGAGUUUCUCGGAGGUAAAUAGCAAAGGAUAUUCAGAGUUUGAGUAGCCAGUCAGAGCACACCUUCAACGCUGUCCACUGCUUUAGUAUAUACUAAUGACCUUUAACUUGUCGAAACCUUGUCGAAAACCAUUGCAUUAAUUCUUGACAUGGUUUCAUCGUUUCAGAAGUUUCAAGUGAGAAUGACUGUGACGAACAAGCGAAGGAAACAAGAUGCACUUGCGGUAAAAACAAGAAAAAUAAGUCAGUUUCAGACAUUUUCUGUGUUUCUGGUAAAUGCCCGUGCCACAAAGUGAACCACUCUUGUACCCGCUCGUGUAGAUGUUACAAUUGCAAAAAUACGUGCAAUUCCAAUGAAGUUGUGAAGGUAACAAGAGAGGCUGUAGGUGCGGAGUUGGACAAAAGAGCAAAGGGGACGGAGAACCAAAUGCAAGUCACAAGUCGUGUCAAGACAGUCUCCGCAAGUCGAAGUGUCCGUGUGUAG